AUGGCCAAGCCCAUGGAUUUUAAAAUUUAUGUAGAUCAGGCAUGCAGAGCUGCUGAGGAAUUUGUCAGUAUUUACUAUGAGACAAUGGACAAGAGAAGACAGGCACUAACCAGGCUGUAUCUGGACAAGGCCACUUUAGUAUGGAAUGGAAAUGUUGUAACAGGGCUGGAAGCCCUAACUAAGUUUUUUGACACGUUGCCUUCUAGUGAGUUUCAGGUCAAUAUGCUGGAUUGCCAGCCAGUUCAUGAGCAAGCUACUCAGUCCCAGGCUACAGUUCUUGUGGUGACCAGUGGAACCGUGAAGUUUGAUGGAAACAGACAACACUACUUCAACCAGAACUUCCUGCUGACUGCUCAGUCUACUCCUGAUAUCGUGUGGAAGAUUGCAAGCGACUGCUUCCGUUUUCAAGAUUGGGGAAGUAGUUAA